AUGUCUUUUGUUUCUGUCCAUGCCCUGUCAGCUGGAUACCUGACACUUCCGGAGCGGUUCUUCGUUACACCUCUGGAGGACACUUCAGCCCGGAAGACAGUCCCAUCUCUAUCCUUCCUGAUCCAACACAAAGACAAAGACUCGGGUAGGACCACGAGGAUCGUCUUUGAUCUUGGAAUUCGACGUAAACUCGAAGACUAUACCCCACCAAUAUACAAGCACGCCCAGACCCGAGAGCCUCUCUCUGGCAACCCGGAUACUGUUACGUCGCUGGCGAACGGCGGUCUAUGCCCCGAUGACAUUGACGUAGUUAUGUUCAGUCACCUCCACUGGGAUCACGUGGGAACACCGUCCGACUACCCGAACUCUACAUACGUUGUAGGACCAGGAGCAGCGAAACUUGUCAACGAAAAGCGGGAGUCUACCGCUGGGAGUCACAACCACUUCGAAGAAGGGAUGCUAGAUAUGAAAAGGACGAUAGAACUACCCCCAAUAAGUCCCCUUACGCCUCCCCCGCUUGAAGAGCAGACAAUCUUGUCAUCCCAAGCACAACACCUGGCUGGAUACUUCUACCAGCCCUGGCACCGCAAAGGACAUUUCGAAGCUGUUCUGGAUAUAUUUGGCGAUGGAAGUUUGCACGUUGUAUCGGCGCCAGGACACAUCGACGGGCAUAUAAACCUCCUUUGUCGUCUGGAAAACAAUAAGCAUGUUUACCUAGCUGGAGACUCGUGCCAUGAUGCAAGAUUGUUGACAGGAGAGAAGAAUAUUGCCACGUGGACUGAUGAGGCAUACCCAGGUAUCACCUGUUGCAUUCACCAGGACAAGGCUCGAGCAGAGAAGACGCUGAGUAUAAUCCGAAAUGUGAUCAGAGAUCCCGGAGAAUUGAACGAAGUCGAGGUUGUGUUUGCGCACGACGGAGUUUGGGAGAAGCGAGCUCGGGCAGAGGGACGGUUUUUCCCGGGUGCUUUGUGA